AUGGGGCAGGAGCCCGACCAUAGCAUGGAGCACGCCAUGGGUCAAGAGCAUACCAAGAGCACACCCGCGACCGGGAGCACGCCAUGGGUCGAGAGCAUGCCUAGAGCACACCCGCCACCAGGAGCACGCCCGACUCCUCUAUGUACUCCGGCCACGACACUCACGACCCAAGAUUGGGGAGGAAUCUUCAUUCACGAGAGGAGAAACUUCAAGUUCCCUCUGAAGUUCGUUGUUCUCACCUUGACGACGGAAACUGAGCCCUGCUUCAACCAGGAGAAAUGCUCCAGGAUCGUGCAGGACCUACAGGCGAAGGACAUGGAGGAUCACGGGCUCCUCAACAUAAGAUACAAUUUCCUCUUGGGAGGAGACGGACAGAUAUACGAAGGAAGAGGAUGGAAAGCGAAACCAGCAAUUACUGGAACAUUCGCCAUUCUGCAUGGGAAAUACCUACACAUCGCCUGUAUAGGGGAUUACCGUGCCACGAAGCGGCCUGAAGCUAUGUAUAAGGCUCAAUGGGAUUUAAUACAAGAAGGAGUUGACAACAUGUAUUUGAAAGAGGACUUCAUUUUCUUAUAGUGAUGCCCAAGUACAAGUUAGAUAUUUAAUUGCUAAGUUGUUUUUGUUUUUACAGUUUCUACAAAA